AUUACUGUCUAGUAACGCAGUCCGGUUGCCUCCAACGACGAUCCUACAUGCGAAGGCCAUUCCACGCUUCAACAGAAUACUAUUGACUCCCCUAGUGUCGGUUUUACUAGAAAUUGCUUCUAGCGAAAUCGGAAACUUGAAGUUCCUGAAACUUGAGGAGAGUUAAGGUGAUCAAUUUGCUGUUACUAUAAUGGAAUCCAAAUUUUUUCGGUUUCUUAAGAUAGUGGGUGUUGGAUACAAAGCAAGGGCUGAAGCAGAAGGACGCCUCUUAUUUCUCAAAUUGGGAUACAGUCAUGAGGUUGAACUCACAGUUCCUCCCGCUGUUCGUGUUUUCUGCUUCAAGAACAAUGUAGUUUGUUGCACUGGAAUUGACGAGCAAAGGGUGCACCAGUUUGCUGCUUCUGUUCGUAGUUGCAAACCUCCUGAAGUUUACAAGGGCAAGGGUAUAAUGUACAUUGAUGAAGUGAUCAAGAAGAAACAAGGAAAGAAAUCAAAAUGAUGGGGAGCAAUUCUGCAUGAUAUUAAUGGCAAAUUGUUUUGCCUAAUUUCAUGACGUUAACAUACAAUGUUUUUUUUUUGUCAAACAAGUUCAAUUUCUGAGCUUGAAACAUUGUAAUUUUAUGAUUUAGAAGGCAUUUAAAUUAGCAAGAAGUUCUGCAAAAGUGGUAUGAUUAUUCUAUAUGUGAGAUUUUUGUUUCUGCUGAUGGCCUUAUUAUCACUAUGUGCAAGAUAAAUAAUGUUUACUGAUAUAAAAAUGGUUUAAAUUGUGACC